AUGGCUACCUCACAGUCUAUCCCUUCUACCAAGCUCAACGAUGGCUCCUCCAUUCCCGUGAUCGGCUAUGGUACCGGCACGGCAUGGUUCAAAAAGACCGACUCUGAUCUCAACCGCGAGCUGGUUGACUCGGCCAAGAGUGCCGUGAAGCUGGGAUAUUAUCACCUCGACGGUGCCGAAGUCUACCGUACUGAGGAAGAACUCGGCCAGGCCAUUGCGGAAUGCGACCUCCCACGCGACCAGCUGUUCGUCACUACCAAAGUGAACCAGAACAUGGCAGAUAUUCCCGCCGCUUUGGAUGCUAGUCUAAAGAAGCUCCAGCUGGAUUAUGUUGAUUUGUACCUUGUCCACCAACCCUUCUUUGCUCAGACCAAGGAGGAAUUGCAAGCUGCCUGGGCUGCCAUGGAACAGGUCAAGGCCUCGGGUAAGGCCCGGUCCAUUGGCGUCUCCAAUUUCCUGCAGAGCCACCUCGAGACGGUCCUGGAAACCGCCAAGGUCAUUCCAACCGUGAACCAGAUCGAAUACCACCCCUACCUUCAGCACGGCAACCUGGUGCCCUGGCAGGCAAGCAAGGGUAUCAAGACCGUCAGCUAUGGCGGUCUUACGCCAGCUACUCGUGCCGCCGGUGGCCCACUGGAUUCACUGCUGGAGGGUCUGGCUACCAAGUAUGCCGUGAACCCGUCCGAGAUCUUGCUCCGCUGGUGCUUGGAUCAGGAUGUGAUUUCUAUCACUACCAGUAGCAAGGAAACUCGUUUGGCUAGUUACUUGCGGGUGUUGACCUUUAAGUUGACCCCUCAAGAGGUCAAGGAGAUUUCGGAGUUGGGGCAGCAGCACCAUUAUCGGGCUUUCUGGCGGGAGAAGUUUGCUGAUGACGAUCGGUCAUAG